UUCCUUCCUUCUUUCCCUUCUCCCUCUUCCUCCCUCCUCCUCCUCUUCCAUCUUUUCAUUCUCCUCUUUCUCUUCCUCCUCUUCCUUCUUCCUCUUCCUCCUUUAUCCCCCUCCCCUCUUUCUUCCUCCUUUUUUCCCUGGUCACUCAGUAUCUUCAUUCUCUUGAAUGAACACAAACACAAAACAGGGACUUUAAAGGACGCUUUAACUGAAGAAGCUUUGGAUUAAAGAACUAUGAAUUUUUUAAAAGUUAUUAUUUUUUCCAUCCACCCACAGGCCUAAUUUGCUACUUAUUUUAAAAUACAUCCUUUAAUGAUUUAACUUUGAUUCUAUCAACAUUUUAGAGUGUCUAAGGGAGUGACACUCCUCCAAGAGCAUAAUUUAAUUAUAACAAAUGGGUUGGCUGCUUUGCCCUAUCCCUUGCUGGAGGAAUCAAACCAAGAUUCCCCCCCCCCCCCCAGGUUUAUGGUAGUGGAUGGGGGCGGGGCAGGGAGGGAAGGUUGAGGAGGCAAUCCUAAAGUUGCCACUUUCUCUGUUUCCUCAGACCGUUCCCUAGCUCUACUUUUGGGGGAGUCGGUUGACUAAACUUCAUUAGCCACCGCCUCCAGUAGCAAAAUAAUUUCAGAUUGUUUCACUCAUCGAUCAAUAUUGGAUGGCAUUAAUUAGAAUUUUUGUUGAUAUGGUAAGAUCACCUUUAAAUACAGUAAAGGUUUUUCUUUAUUUCAUUCCUCCUUCUCCUCCUCCUCAUCUUACUUCUUCUUCUCCUCCUCCUCCUCUUUCCCCCUCCCUUCUUUUCCCCUGCUGUAUAGAGCCGGAGAGGAGAUGAAAAGCCCUUGUAGUUUUAAAUUCAAUGUGACAGCUUCGGAAAGAGAGGAUGAUGAAUCUCCUAUUAUUGGAUCAGUCUAUUUGCCGCUCAAUGUCUCUCUGUAAUUGGAGCAACAUCACUUUAAAGGUUCAGAGAGUACAGCAUUUCUGGUGAAAAAAAAAAAAUCCCCACAACACGCCGGUGAAUGUUUUAAAGGGAAAUCUAUUAGUGAUUUGAAGAGGGGAGGGCAGUCCAGGGGGAGGGGAGAGGAAAGGAGUGGGAGGGGAAAGGAUGGGAGGGUGCUGUGUGUGACUCAGGUUGUUGGGUAUUUAACUGGGGGGCUCCAACCCAGACUCAAAGUUCCCCUAGCCUCUCUUCUCCUUUGCAUCCCUCCCCGUCUUUCUGUACCCCCCCUCCGGCCCUCUGUCUCCCCAAAGUCGACUCCUUUCUUGUAUCUCCCGCUCCCUUCCUCCCCCGCCAAACUCCCCCCCCCCAUCUUGUUGUGACAGUUCCUGAUACUGUUUAUUGAGGUGCAUGUCAGGUAUAAUUAGCAAUCGAUAUGGAAAACGUUUCCUUGCACCCUGCACGCCUCUGACGUCAGACCCGAUUAGCGCUUCUUAUUGGUCCCAAAUUCCCCCGGCCGGUGCUAAUUAUCGGGAGCUUGAUGUUGAUAAAGUAAAGCGCUGGAGUCCGGGCGAAGCAUGUACUGGGCUCCAGGUCCCUAUCUCCUCCGCCGCCGCCGCCAGCGCCUCCUCCUCCUCCUCCUCAGCCCCAGCUGCGCCCUACCACCCCGGAGAUGAUGGACAGCCGCAUCCUGGAUCACCCCCAUGCCCAGUUCGGGGGCUCGCUGGGCAGCAUGGUGGGCUUUCCCUACCCCCUAGGCCACCACCACGUCUACGAGCUGGCGGGGCACCAGCUGCAGUCCGCGGCCGCCGCGGCCGCCGCCGCCGCCUCGGUCCCCUUCUCCAUAGAUGGAUUACUGAACGGUUCUUGCGCUGCCUCAGUGGUCAACCCCACCCCGCUGCUGCCAUCGGGCUGUGGGGUGAGCGGGGACAGUCAGACCUUCAAGCUGUCAGAUUCCGGAGAUCCGGAUAAAGAGAGUCCGGGCUGUAAGCGGAGAAGAACCCGCACCAACUUCACGGGCUGGCAGCUGGAAGAGCUGGAGAAGGCCUUUAAUGAGAGCCACUACCCAGACGUCUUCAUGCGGGAAGCGCUAGCUCUACGUCUGGACCUGGUGGAGUCCCGAGUGCAGGUCUGGUUCCAAAACCGCCGGGCCAAAUGGAGAAAGAAGGAGAACACGAAGAAAGGGCCGGGGCGGCCGGCUCACAACUCUCAUCCCACCACGUGCAGCGGGGAACCCAUGGAUCCCGAGGAGAUAGCCCGGAAGGAGCUGGAGAAGAUGGAGAAGAAGAAACGCAAGCACGAGAAGAAACUGCUCAAGAGCCAGAGCCGCCACCUGCACUCUCCCAGCAGCUUGUCCUUGCACAGUACGCCCAGCUCCGACAGUGAUAGCGGCGGAGGCGGCCUCUCUCCUGAGCCCCCAGAGCCGCCUCCGGGCAAGGGCCCACGGCCCACCCCCAGCGCCGCCAGCGAGCCGCCGGCCCCCGGCAGCUGCGACCCAGCCUUUUACCCGAGCCAAAGAAGUGGCGCCGGCCUGCAGCAGAGGCUGAGCCGGCUCCCAGAUAAGGACUCUUCUUCUUCCUCCUCCUCUUCUUCCUCCUCCUCCUCUUCCUCCUCCUCUUCUUCUUCCUCCUCUUCCUCUUCGGACUGCGCCCCAGGUCGAGGCUCCUCCGGCUUCCCCAAGCCCAGCCCCUUCAGCGUAGAGAGCCUCCUCUCCGACUCACCCCCGCGCCGGAAAGCGCCUGCCACUCUGGACUUUCCGCCGGGUCUCCCGUGUGCCCCGCGGACCCUCAUCGGCAAAGGACAUUUCCUGCUGUAUCCGAUCACCCAACCCCUCGGCUUCCUCGUCCCCCAGGCGGCCCUUAAGGCCGGACCGGGCCCGGAGCCGGCUCCUAAAGACGCCCCACCAGCUCCUCCGCCCCCCGCCUCUAACCCUGGCCAGGCCAGUUUCGGGCCAGCCCCGGGCCUCGCUUACCCUGGCCCGGGCUCCACGAACUCUCCCUUUGCCAACUGUAGCCCAGACAGCAGCAGCGGGGGCGGCCAGGCGGGAACAUCCCUGGCACCCCCUGCUUAUAGGGACUCGGCUGAGGGCGGCGGAGCUGGAGCUGGAGCUGGCUCGGGAGCGGGAGCGGGAGUGGGCUGUGGGACAGAAGCAGGUGGGGGUGGGGGAGGCUUUCCACAAUCGCCCUCUCCUGCACCGCUUCCCGCGGGAGCCCAGCCCUUGCGGGGACACAGCGAACUGUAGCGCGACCGAGCCAGGAGGCCCGACGGAGCCCGGCGGUCCUGACUGUGAAGAGCUCGAUAUGGACUGAGGGCCCAGCCCGGCCAGGCCGAGCCAGGCCGAAGGGGGAGCGGGUGCCCCUGCCCCGCAGCCGAGCGAACCGGCUCCACACCAGGUGCCCACACAACGAAUCAGGUGAUCGGUUCUAGAAACGGUUUUUUUUUCAUUCAUUUCUUUCUUUUUUUUUUUUAAGAAAAAAAAAGAAAAGCAAAAAUGUCUGAAUUUCGAUCUUAGCAGUAACAGCUGGACUUUGGGGUGCGAACCCUCAGCACAGACCGAAAGCAAGAGAGUGAGAAAGGAUAACAAAACAAAACAAAAACCCACAACGAGAAUCCUCAACCUUGUAAAAUGCAAAAAUGUCUAAGAAUAUUUAUAUAUGUAAAAUUUUUGAUAAAUAAAGCUGGAGAAAACGCAAAA